GCCAUGGCUGACAGCGCCGAGUGCUGGAGUCUACCCACCAUCAUUCGCCAGGAGUUCCCACGGCAGAGUGUGGCUGUGCCCCUAGGAGACUGCGGUGGAAAUGACUUGUGCACAAAGGCUGUGGUGUUGACUUAUCAGGAACAUCUUGGUGUGACCUAUUUAACCCUUACAGAAGACCCAAGCCCUCGGGUUAUUAUCCGGAACAGGUGCACUGUUGCGUUACUACUAAAAGAGAAUAUCAAAGAUACACCAAAGUUUGAAGUUUAUUGCAGAAAAAUCCCAGCAGAAUGUUCAGUUCAUCACGAAAUGUAUCAUCAGCUUUCCAGCUUUCCAGACUGCAAAACCAAGGAUUCCCUCCCUGGCAUCUACCUGAAAGUGCUAUCAUGUGAAGAGACAACAGCAGAAUGGAGUGACCUGAUUGAUAUUAACAGCCAAGGCACGCAGGUGGUUUUUCUGACGGGCCAUGGCUAUGUAUAUGUGGAUGUUGUCCAGCACUGCGGGGCCGUAAUCAUUACCCUAGCACCUGAAGGAAGAGCUGGGCCUGUUCUCACAAGCCUCAACAGGAUUCAAAACCAGAAAAUCGUAGUUAGAUCUUUCAUUACUCAGCUCAGUGUCGGGAUUUAUGAUGAUGUUACAAACUACAAAACCUCAUCUGAGCUCAUCCGGCUGACACUGGAUAAUGUGUUCCUUCAGAUGGCACCGGUCACUAGCUACCUACGACAGCCCUGCCGCGAAUUGCAGGCGGACAUGACCUCAGGCAUGCCCACCUUUUAUAGCCUGGAAGUGUACUGUGGAGAUUUGCAGUUGGACAAUCAGUUGUACAACAAGUCUCACUUCCACUUUCCUGUGCUGGUUUGCCAAGAGGAGAAAAGUGAAUAUACCAAAUGGCCAAAGGCUGGAGGUUUCCACAUGUCUACCAAAGAACUAGAAGAAUACAAGGAAGCCUCAUUCCUCAAGCUCUUUGUUACCCUUUCUGUAGAGCAAGAUGUUUAUGAUCUGAAUGAACUGAGCUUUGAUUUGAAGCCUUCUCGUCUCUAUGUGGAGGACACUUUUGUUUAUUAUAUCAAAACACUAUUUGACACAUAUCUUCCAGACAACAAAGUGCUGCAAGGCCAAGUUAAAGUUGCUGGCAUUAAGCUUACUCCUUUGCUGCCGGAACAAGUCAGGCAACAUGCAUCAGCACUAGUCAGCCCAGUUAAACUCAGAAGACUAACAGUGCAACCUGUUAACCUGUUGGUCAGCAUCCAUGCGUCCCUGAAGUUGUACAUUGCCUCAGAUCACACACCCUUAUCCUUCUCUGUGUUUGAACGUGGACCAAUCUUCACCACU